AAUGCAUUUUCCUCCUACCGUCUACCGCACGACAAGGAUGUUGCAUCCGCGUGCCUAUUAUCAUCUUCUACGAGAAUUCAGCUGAAAAUAUAGUGGAUGCAAACAUGUCGCAGGAUUAUAAAAUGGCUGGAGGAUCCCCAGUUCUUUUUGUAAGACAUUGCACCCUGUUGUUGGUAUCCGGGAUAUUCAGGUCCAUCCUGCAGCCCAAUAUAAUGAAUGUUAGGCUAUUGUGAUAGCGUAGUUAUUGACAAGCCAGGUGUGUGCAGUUUGCAGUUGUUGUUAUUACCCCUAGUGGAGACCACAAUGCUACAAGGCUCAAAUAUCUUGGGGCACGAGAGGCCCCUGGUCAUCAGGAUAUCGUUCACCACCUGUGUUCUGGCUACUGUGUGCCUACCACUGCUUGGAUUGAUAACGUGCGUCUUCAUAUCCUCUGUUUUUCAUUUUGAGGACUCUACUGGUACACACUGCCAGGUGCCAAAUUACCUGCCAUCAAUAAGCGCCUCAAUAAGCCUAAGUCCUGAGUGCCACAUAUGGCGGUUCUGCAUCGGAUUGCAUUCAGCACCGAGGCUCCUGGUGGCGUUUACAUACUUCAAAUUUUACAAGACACGUUUUUCCUCGAGGUUCCCAGAGAGUUCACUCACCUGCUUGAACUUUGCAUUUUCUAUUUCUGAAAACCUUGGCCUCUUGCUCCUCACAUAUGUGUCAUCCAGUGAAACAUAUUUUGUACAUAAGGAAGGUUUUGUCCUCUUCAUUGUCAGUUCUAUUAUCUACAUGCUGAUAACCUGCCGUUUAUGGAAGGCUAUUAAGAAGUAUUCAUUAAGUCCUGAGGAUGCCAAGUCUCACCAUUGGAAAGUGCGCUUCUUAUUUCUCAACGUGUCCUUUUGUGUUUUGGCCGGAUUCUUUUAUUGGAAACACAACAUGUACUGUGAAUCAGGGAGUUAUACAUUGUUUGCCCUGUUUGAGUAUCUGGUGGUCUUCUCCAAUAUGGCCUUCCAUCUCACAGCAGUGUGGGACUUUAAGAGUCGUGAGGUCAUGGUCAUUUCAUCCUCUGAAGAUAAAGACUUCUGACUAGAAACUCAAGGAUUAAGUCCUAAACAUACAGCCACUCAACCACCUGAUGAUAACAGCCUUGAUCCUUCUCAGGAGGAAGAAGAUUGGGAUGAAGGCCUUUUCCAUAUAUUUCCAUGAGGGUUUAGAUGUCAGAGAUGUUUGAACAAAAGAUUUGCUACUGUAUGGUCUGCUCAGUAAGCUGUAAGUGCAUUUUUUGCCUCAGUGUCUCAUUCAUGGAUGCCUUUGCCCACAUACAAUGUGUUGUGUAAGGUCAAAUUUUAACUUUUGUAUAAUGCACAAAAACAAUAUGUGGUCAUACUGUAUGUUUGCCAAAGUAAAGUGACAGUUCUUCAA